CAAACCCCCACACCCAACAUGCCAGAUCUCAACAUAGAAGACAUCCCAUACAGCGAUCUUUUGCAUGAAGAGAGACCAUACCGUUGCGCUGAGAUCGUGGGCCUCACAAAAGCUGAAAUUCCAAAGGAGAAGAUUGAGGAGCAGCGUCUUGUCAAGAGAAGGACAUUGGAGGGUAUCACUAACAAUUGGUGGAAGACAGCCUCCUACCGCUACAGCCCUUGUUCUGGAGUCCUCGGAUCCUUUCCAAACGCGAUAAGGACGAGCUCACCCGCAGUGUUCGCACAGGGAAGUACAACAACGCUGUGGAAGCUGCUGCUGCCUUCAAUCAUGGUCGCCAAAGGGAUCUUUCAGCGGAGACGGUAUGCUUGUUACUACUCAAAAGCGAAGCAAAGUGUGUUACACAGCAGAGGAAACCGUUUCUGUCGGCUGCGGCUCGGGAAAGGCAUUACCAAUGGGCAAAGGAGCACUUGCACUGGAGGAAGGAGGACUGGAUGCGGAUCAUCCACACCGACGAACCGAAAUUCCCGUGUUCUGGGCCAGGACAUGUUGCAAAGGUCUAUGUCUGGCCUGGGGAUCCUCCUAGGGAGAAUGAAUUCAUUCCUCGGAUGCAUUCUGGUGGUGGGAGUAUCUUCGUGUUUGGUGGAAAGUGCUGGUGGGGGGCCACAAAACACGCUCGUUCGCAGGUCCCAACGGUCGACAAGGUCGUGAUGCGUGACUUCGUUGAAGACUUUCUACUUCCCAAGCUUCAGGGGUUCAGAGAAGCCGACAUCAAUCUCACAAUCCAACAUGACAACGACGCCAAGUUUCACGCGCCGACUGCAGAGAAUCGUACGAACGGGAGGGAUACAGAGUCCUACCCUGGCCGGCAUACUCACCUGAUAUGAACCCCAUUGAGGACUUGUGGUGCCUGAUCUCCAAAUGCCUGGAAAAGCGAGCUGCGGUUGCAAAAGACCUCGAUGAACUAUGGAAGUAGACGUUGAAGGAAUGGG